GAGGCAGCCAAAAGGCGACGCACCAUUAGCCAGCAAGCACGCAGCUUUGCCUCCCUCCACUCCGCUCCACUCCACACCACACCGCGGCCACUUCGCUCGCUCCCCCCCACUCUCCCGCUUCCCAAACCCUAACCCUCGCGGCCCAUCGCGCACCUCGCGCCGGGCAUGCCGCUGCCGUCGCCGCCAUUGGGAAGCGUGAUUGAGGUGGAGUGAUCCCGUCCGCCGGAGCCACUCCCGCCGCCACCCAGCGGCCACUUGCUUCUCUGUCUGGGGCCGCGCCGCAGCUCCUCCCUCGGUGUCCAGCGUGGUGGGCUGGAGAUCCACCUGGAAGCGGAGGAACCAUUUCUUGUGUUGCAGAGUUCUGCUGUGCCGCGUUCCGGACACUGUCGAAGAUGAAGAGGAUCAAGCUUGCAUGUUUGCUUCUUGUCUUUGUGCAACAAGUGGUCCUUGGAACACAUGAUGUCUACAUUGUGACCAUGGAAGGGGAUCCAGUUGUGAGCUACCGAGGUGGUGUUGAAGGGUUUCCAGCAACUGCUGUGGAUUUGGAUGAGGAGAUGGAUGUUACCAGUGAAACUGUCACAUCGUAUUCGCUCCACCUUCGAAGGCACCAUGACAAUCUCCUAGACUCACUUUUUGUAGAAGGGACUUACGAGAAGCUUUAUAGUUACCAUCAUCUUAUCAAUGGCUUCGCAGUUCACAUGUCAUCUCUGCAGGCUGAGUUCUUGAGGAAAGCCCCAGGAGUUAAGCAUGUUGAGAGGGACAUGAAGAUACAGAAACUGACUACACACACCCCUCAGUUUCUUGGAUUGCCAACUGGGGUGUGGCCAACAGGAGGUGGAUUUGAUAGAGCUGGUGAAGAUGUUGUGAUUGGCUUUGUGGAUUCUGGAAUUUAUCCGCAACAUCCGAGCUUCUCUUCCCACAAAACUGAUCCUUAUGGACCUGUUCCUCGUUAUAAAGGGAAAUGUGAGAUGGAUCCAGUAACACAUAGAAGCUUCUGUAAUGGGAAGAUAGUUGGGGCCCAGCAUUUUGCGAAAGCUGCCAUGGCUGCUGGAGCAUUUAAUCCUGAUAUUGAAUUUGCAUCUCCAUUAGAUGGUGAUGGUCAUGGAAGUCAUACGGCUGCAAUUGCUGCUGGAAACAAUGGAAUUCCGGUUCGAAUGCAUGGUCAUGAAUUUGGAAAGGCAAGCGGCAUGGCUCCACGUGCUAGGAUAGCUGUCUACAAGGUUCUUUACAGACUCUUUGGUGGUUAUGUAGCUGAUGUUGUGGCUGCUAUCGAUCAGGCUGUUCAGGAUGGUGUUGACAUUCUCAACCUUUCGGUUGGACCAAAUAGCCCACCAACAGCUACGCGGACUACGUUUUUGAACCCUUUUGAUGCAGCUCUUCUCUCUGCUGUGAAAGCUGGGGUUUUUGUUGCCCAAGCUGCUGGAAAUGGAGGACCAUUUCCAAAAACACUGGUCUCCUUCAGCCCAUGGAUAACCACCGUAGCUGCUGGAGUUGAUGACCGUAGAUACAAAAAUCAUUUAACACUCGGAAAUGGGAAACUUCUUUCUGGACUUGGAGUAUCACCUGCAACACAUGGGAACAAGUCAUUCAGCCUGAUUUCUGCGGCCGAUGCUCUGCUGGGUUCAUCUGCAACGAAGUAUAGUGCAUUAGACUGUCAGAGGCCAGAACUCUUGAAUAAGAGGAAGGUGCAAGGAAAGAUUCUUUUGUGCGGCUAUUCGUUCAAUUACAUUUCUGGGACAGCUUCAAUAAAGAAAGUGUCUCAGACUGCCAAGAGUCUUGGUGCGACUGGCUUUAUUGUUGCUGUGGAGAAUAGUUAUCCUGGAACAAAAUUUGAUCCUGUGCCAGUCAGCAUCCCUGGAAUUCUCAUCACAGAUGUCAGCAAGACAACGGAUCUUAUAGACUACUACAACUCUUCUACCACAAGAGAUUGGGCUGGAAGGGCUACAGUCUUUAAAGCAACAGCAGGUAUUGCCGAUGGUUUGGCACCAACAUUAUACAAUUCAGCUCCCCAGGUUGCGCUGUUCUCUUCUCGAGGACCCGAUGUAAAAGAUUUUAGCUUUCAAGAUGCUGAUGUUCUUAAGCCAGAUAUACUUGCUCCUGGCAAUCUUAUAUGGGCUGCAUGGGCACCUAAUGGAACAGAUGAAUCAAACUAUGCUGGUGAAGGAUUUGCCAUGGUUUCCGGAACUAGCAUGGCUGCACCGCACAUUGCUGGUAUUGCGGCACUGAUAAAGCAGAAGAACCCGAAGUGGAGCCCCUCAGCAAUAAAAUCUGCCUUGAUGACUACGGCUAAUACACUGGACAAAGGGAGCCAUCCUCUUAGAGCGCAGCAAUACACAACAUCAGAAAUGAUGACACUUUCACGGGCCACACCAUUUGAUUGUGGCAGUGGUGCGGUUAACCCAAAAGCUGCCCUUGAUCCUGGCCUUGUUCUAGAUGCAACCCAUGAAGACUACAUCACAUUUUUGUGCUCGAUCCCAGACGUCAAUCAUAGUGAAGUGUCAAACAUAGCUGGUGCAUCCUGCAACUCCAGCUCCAAGGGACAGCGUCCUUAUGAUCUCAACAUCCCCUCAAUCACCAUCUCUCAACUUCGAGGCACGGUGACAGUGAAGCGGACUGUCACGAGCGUGUCUGAAGAGACCGAGACCUACACCAUCAUGACAAGAAUGCCGCCAGAAAUAGCGCUGGAUGUGACACCUGCAGCCCUCACAGUGCUCCCUGGAGCAUCUAGGGAUAUAACGGUAACCCUGACAGCUAGGUCCGUGACUGGCACCUACAGUUUCGGCGAGAUCAGGAUGAAAGGCGACAGAGGUCACCUCGUCAGAAUCCCAGUGGUAGCUAUGGGAUUCAAAUAG